UCAGCUAAACACAAAUGAACUUCAAAAAGCCAAGGACAGUUGAAAAUAAGCCCCCCCCCCCAAAAAAAACAACAAGCUGCGGAAGAUAGUAUUUCUUCAGACGCCUCCCUGCGAAAUUGAAGACGUGGUUCGCGUAUAAUAACGGGCAUGGCAACAAUUACUUGACCUCCUCCUGGCUGCAGGUGAGAAGGGGGUGUGUUCAAGAGCGCGCAACCGUUCGCAGGCUGGCGUGUUCAACGGCGCCGUUACGUUGCAAAACGAGUCCUGAAAAAAUGAGACCGUUGAAACGUUUCGGUUCGAUUAAGCUUCUUUUAUAAUGUCAUCGGCGCGUAAACGGGUCGGUUUCCCCGACGCCAGCCGUUUCAGUAGCAUUUGCUUGAACACAGCUCAGAAGUUAUUCACCCAAGAUGCACCUGUCCGCCCGGACCGUCUUAGAGAAAAGCCAUUUUGUUAUGCUAGCUAACGUCGUGGCUAAAGCCACUGGGGAAUGCGGGGCUCGACAAUAUGUCGUUUUUGUUGCUUUUCCGUUCGUCGUCCCAAGAAUCCGAUGUUGAGCAAGCCGCUCUUUUUUAGCUCCCCCACGUCGGCUUACUAAACGACCCAUGACUCCGCGCUUUUUAGCGAAGAAGAACUUGUAGCUAAAGUCAGUUAGGCUAUCGUAGCAGGUAACUAUAUCGCUCGCUAGCUAGCCAGCUAGCUAGCCAUGUCAUCAGUUCUGCCAGUUAGCGUUAGUUGACGUUUGCGUUAAGAUUUCUUGCGGUUUUGUUGUUGUUUUUUUUGUUUUUUCUCCAACCAAAGAUAACAGGGGGGUUAACGGAGCGAGGCUGCCGCUGGCUGCGAAGCGUCUCGGCCGGAUAGCUAACCUCGACACAAGCGCUGCGCCGAGUAGGGCUAAAAUAGGCUAAUUCGAGCUUCUCCGCCGUCCGCCGCCGUCAUGGCAGAAGAGCUACGACAGGACAGGAGAGCCAACUUCUCCGCGUUAGCCGAGCACAACGCCAACGGAGUGGCGAGGACUUCUGCCGUGGGCUCCGGCAAAUCCGGCGCCUCCAAGAAGUUGGUCAUCAAAAAUUUCAAAGACAGACCAAAACUAGCGGAGAACUACACUGAGGACACAUGGCUGAAACUACGAGAUGCAGUGGGCGCCAUCCAGAACAGUACGUCUAUCAAGUACAACCUGGAGGAGCUUUAUCAGGCAGUGGAGAACCUGUGCUCAUAUAAAGUCUCCCCAACACUGUACAAACAGCUACGGCAGGUCUGUGAAGACCACGUGCAGGCCCAGAUCCACCAGUUCAGAGAAGAGUCCUUGGACAGUCUGUCCUUCUUGAAGCGGAUGAAUCGUUGCUGGCUGGACCACUGCAGGCAAACUAUCAUGAUCCGGAGUAUCUUUCUGUUCCUUGAUCGUACCUACGUGCUUCAGAACUCCCUGCUGCCCUCCAUCUGGGACACUGGGCUGGAACUGUUUCGUACCCACAUUGUGAGCGACGGCGCAGUACAGAAACGUAUCGUGGACGGCAUCGUGGAACAGAUAGAGCUAGAGCGCAGCGGAGAGACAAUAGACCGCAGCCUGCUUCGUAGCCUGUUGGGCAUGCUGUCUGACUUGCAGGUUUAUAAAGAGUCUUUUGAGGAGAGAUUUCUGACUGAGACCAACCGUCUGUAUGCAGCAGAGGGACAAAGGCUUAUGCAAGAGAGAGAUGUGCCAGAGUAUCUUCAUCACGUGGCUCGUAGAUUGGAGGAGGAAAAUGAUCGGGUCAUCAGCUACCUCGACCAGAGCACUCAGAAACCACUAAUCUCAUGUGUUGAGAAACAGCUAUUAGGAGAACACAUGACAGCAAUAUUACAAAAGGGGAUGAGCAUUCUUUUGGAUGAGAAUCGUGUGACAGAGCUGGCACUCCUGUACCAGCUCUUUAGCAAAGUGAAAGGAGGACUCCCUACAUUGCUGCAGUUCUGGAGGGACUACAUCAAGUCCUUUGGAGGAGAAAUAGUAAGCACGCCAGAGAAAGACAAAGACAUGGUUCAGGACCUGCUGGACUUCAAAGACAAGAUGGACAAUGUGGCAGAGGGCUGCUUUGCACGUAAUGAGAGUUUCAUCAACGCCAUGAAGGAGGCCUUUGAGACCUUUAUCAACAAGAGGCCGAACAAACCCGCGGAACUCAUUGCUAAGUAUGUGGAUUCGAAGCUGCGGGCAGGGAACAAGGAAGCCACAGAAGAGGAGCUGGAAAGAAUCCUGGAUAAGAUCAUGAUAAUCUUCCGUUUCAUACAUGGAAAGGAUGUGUUUGAAGCUUUUUAUAAGAAAGACUUGGCCAAGCGCCUGCUGGUUGGCAAGAGUGCCUCUGUUGAUGCUGAGAAGUCCAUGCUUUCCAAGCUCAAGCACGAAUGCGGAGCAGCAUUCACAAGCAAGCUGGAAGGGAUGUUUAAAGACAUGGAGCUGUCCAAAGACAUCAUGAUUCAAUUCAAGCAGUACACACAGAACCAGAGUGAGCCAAGCAGCAUAGAGUUGACUGUCAACAUCCUCACAAUGGGUUACUGGCCCUCAUACACACCCAUGGAGGUCCACUUGCCCCCAGAAAUGGUGAAGCUCCAGGAGGUUUUUAAGCUGUUUUACCUGGGGAAACACAGUGGACGAAAGCUACAGUGGCAGCCUACACUGGGCCAUGCUGUACUCAAGACCGAGUUCAAAGAGGGGAAGAAAGAGCUUCAGGUUUCACUCUUCCAGACGCUGGUGCUACUAAUGUUCAACGAGGGUGAAGAGUUCGGUGUGGAGGAGAUCCGCUCUGCCACAGGCAUAGAGGAGGGAGAGCUCAGUCGAACACUCCAGUCUCUGGCUUGUGGAAAGGCACGUGUCCUCAACAAGAACCCCCGGGGGAAGGACGUGGAGGAUGGAGACCGUUUCAACUUCAACAAUGAUUUCAAACACAAACUGUUUCGCAUCAAGAUCAACCAGAUCCAGAUGAAGGAAACGGUGGAGGAGCAGGUGAGCACCACAGAACGAGUGUUUCAGGACAGGCAGUACCAAAUCGAUGCUGCUGUGGUGCGUAUCAUGAAGAUGAGGAAGACGCUGAGCCACAACCUGCUUGUAUCCGAGCUCUACAACCAGCUGAAGUUCCCUGUCAAGCCGGGCGAUCUAAAGAAGAGGAUAGAAUCCCUCAUAGACAGAGACUACAUGGAACGUGACAAGGAGACUCCCAACCAGUACCACUACGUUGCCUGAGAGUGCAUUACUAAAUUGUCGGGUCAUCCUUUCCUCAUGGUGAGCUUAGAGCUGGCCCUUAGAGCAGCCCUUCAGCCACCCGACUCUCCUCUGAUGUCCCGUCUCCUACCAUCCGGAGCCCAGACCCAGUGUCCGGAGAAGACAGAGCUCCAGAGAGGCCAGAGACUCAGCUGUAACUGUUCCCCAACCAGCAUCACCCUGAGAGGGAAGAUUGAAUCAGACUGGUCUGAGAUAUGGUUUGGAGGAGUGGCACGGGUUGUUGAUAGCCGGUUAAUGUGACUUGCACAAAUCUGCUGUUGCUAAACUCAAAUGAAAAAUAACAAGCACUUUCUCAUGUUUUGUUCUUUUUGUGGGAUUUUUUUUUUGUCUUUUGUUUAAAUCAUUUAUUUUCUGCUGUAGUUGGCUUUUGUUUUUUUUUUGUAUUUUUUCCCAUUGAUUUUUUUUCUUUCUUUUUUUUUCUUCCCCCUCCCUGUUAUGGCUACUUUUGUUUGGUCGUUUCUCAGCCUGGCUGGUAGUUAUCACCUGAUAUGGCACAGAGACUUUGAUAGAGUGCAAAGACAGCCUGGUCAAGGACCGUGAAAGUUUGACUACAGAGCAAAAGUUCGACAGAAGAGAGCCGGAGGCAAGAGUUGCAUCGUUCUGAGGGAGGGUGAUUUUGUUUUGGAUGUCAUAUCAAUAAAGCAAGCCACUUAGCUAUUCCUUUAGCCAUUUGAAAUAUUUUGACCAAAAUGUCCACAUUGUCACAUACUGAAUUUUUGUAGAUCAGAUUGUCUCUGUAAGAGUGAGAAAAAUGAAUGCGAAUAAAUGAAUAUUUAUUGAGUCGGUGAAUGAAUGACAACCAGUGAA